UCUCAUUAUCCCUCUCCCAUUCUGUCUUCCCCCUCGAUCUCCCCACUCUCUCUCUUUCUCUCUCUCUCCUUCUCUCUCUCUUCCUCCAUCUCUGCAUCUGUUCCAUCCCUCCCACUCUCAUUCAAAACAUCCUUUCUCCAUUUGUCUUUGAGUCUUCACGUUUGGUCAAACUGGUGCGGCCAGUCUCUCCCCCAGGCUCUCUGUUUCUCUCGCUGUCUCCCACUCCCUCCUGCGCUGACUCCCUCCCGCCCUCUCUCUCUCUCUCCCACCCUCCUUGUGGAGAUCUUUGAAACUCCCCGCAGCACAGUCCUCUCCUACGUGGGAAACAUGUCAGCCAUUCUGGACCUGGACCAGAUCGCAUGCUCUGGGAACGCAGUGGAACAUGACAUCGAGACUCCCCAUGGCGUGCUCCAUGUGACCAUGAGGGGCGUUCCCAAGGGCAACCGGCCUGUCAUCCUCACCUACCACGACAUUGGCCUCAACCAUAAGUCGUGCUUCAACACCCUGUUUAACUUCGAGGACAUGCAGGAGAUCACGCAGCACUUUGCCGUGGUCCACGUCGACGCGCCUGGACAGCAGGAGGGGGCGCCGCCCUUUCCCGCCGGUUACCAGUACCCCACCAUGGACGAACUCUCAGAGAUGCUGCCCUCCGUCAUGACUCAGCUCAAGGUGAACAGCGUGAUCGGCAUCGGCGUGGGAGCUGGAGCCUACAUCCUUACCCGCUUCGCACUGAACAACCCUGCUCUGGUUGAGGGUCUGGUUCUGAUCAACGUGGAUCCGUGUGCCGAGGGAUGGAUCGACUGGGCCGCCUCCAAGCUCUCUGGUUGGACCAGCAACAUCGUCGACACCGUGAUGGCCCACCACUUCAGCACUGAUGAGCUGACAGAAAACCAGGAGCUGAUCCAGACCUACCGCCUCCACAUCGCCCAGGACAUCAACCAGGACAACCUGGCUCUCUUCUGUGCCUCUUACGACAGUCGUCGGGAUCUGGAAAUUGAGAGGCCAGUCUUCGGUUUGAAUGAGGAUACAGUGAACACCCUGACGUGUCCUGCUCUGCUGGUGGUUGGAGAUACGUCUCCAGCAGUGGAAGCAGUGGUGGAGUGCAAUUCCAGGUUAAAUCCAACCAAGACUACACUCUUUAAGAUGGCUGAUUGUGGAGGCUUGCCUCAGGUUGUCCAGCCUGGGAAACUGGCAGAGGCCUUCAAGUACUUUGUUCAGGGUAUGGGUUACAUUCCCUACGUUCUUCUCAGUCACCUGAGCAACGAAUCAGUGCCCACGGCUGGAAUGACUCGUCUGGCCCGAUCCCGCACCACCUCCUCUUCCAGCAUCACUUCCAUGGACAGUAGCCGCAGCCGUAAUCUGAACACCGCCGGGGGCCUGGACAACCAACCUGGGCCCCAGACCAUGGAGGUUUCUUGCUAAACCCCCCCCCCAUUUCCCUCCCCACUGGGAAGCAGCCCUUACCGGUGCCCCCCCCCCCCUCACCCUCCAGUAACUUAUGUCUCUUUCUCCCCUCCCAUGCUCCUAAGCUUGUCAAUGCCAGGGGGUUCAGUAAUGAGUAGUGUAAUAUGAGAAUAUAUACAAAUGCAUAUUAAAUAUAAUACUGUGUACAUGUCAAAUGUCAAGUUACAAGCUGAGGGGACAACAUUAAGAAGAAAUCAGAUAAUGUAAUAGAAGGGUCUAGAAGAUGGUACAAUCCCCGGCCAACCCUUCCCCAUCAUUUACUAUGUGUGCAUGUCUGUUGUGCUGGUGAAUCUGGAGACUUCCAGAACUAUUGUCUCACCUUGAUUUUGUUUGCCAUUAUUGACUUUCACAUAUUUUAUUUAUUUUGUUCUUUGUCUGUCUGUGUCUAGAGGACUAGAUUCUGAGAAUAUGACAAGUUUGAGAGUCUCACCUGUCCAUACCUGAAACACACAUUCCCUCCUAAUCUUCAACUCUAAUGUAGAACACGAUUACUCCUAAAAACCUAAAUUCAUAGUACAUACAGAACCAGUCAAAAGUUUGGACACACCUACUCAUUCAAGGGUAUUUCUUUAUUUUUUACUAUUUUCUACAUUGUAGAUUUAUAGUGACGACAUCAAAUAUAUGACAUAACGCAUAUGGAAUCAUGUAGUAACUGAAAAAGUGUUUAAAAAAAUCUAAAUGCAUUUUUGUUUUACAUUCAAUGAUGUUCAGAGUUGCCACCCUUUGCCUUGACAGUUUUGCACACUCUUGGCAUUCUCUCAACCAGCUUCAUGGGGUAGUCACUUGGCAUGCUUUUACAACAGUCUUGAAGGAGUUCCCACAUAAGCUUGUUGGCUGCUUUUCCUUUGCUCUGCAGUCCAACUCAUCCCAAACCAUCUCAACUGGGUUGAGGUUGGGUGAUUGUGGAGGCCAGGUCAUCUGAUGCAGCAGUCCAUUACUAUCCUUCUUGGUCAGAUAGCUCUUACCACUUGUGAUGUGUUUUGGGUCAUUGUCUUGCUGAAAAACAAAUGAUAUUUCCACUGAGCGUAAACCAGAUAGGAGUGUGUAUCACAGCAGAGUGUCGUGGUAGCCAUGCUGGUUGAGUGAGCCUUGAAUUCUAAAACCUCACAGAUGUGCCAGUGUCACCAGCAAAGCACACGCACAUCAUUACACCUCUUCCUCCAUGCUUCAUGGUGGGAACCACACAUCCAUUCACCUAGUCUGUGUUUCUUCUUGCCAUAAUAUGGACUAAUAGACCUAAUGAUGGCCCUCUGUAUACCCCACCUACUUUGUCACACCACAACUGCUCAAAUGCAUUAAGUAUGAAAGUAAUUCCACACACAUUAACUUUCAACAAGGCACAUCUGUUAAAUGAUAUGCAUUCCAGGUUGACUACUCCAUGAAGCUGGUCGAGAGAAUGCAAAGAGUGGGCAAAGUUGUCAUCAAGGUGAAAUGUGGCUACUUUGAAGAAUCUGCAAUAUGAAAUGCAUUUUGAUCUGUUUAACACUUUUUUGGUAGCUACAUGAUUCCAUGUGUUAUAUCAUGGAUUUGAUGUCUGCGCUAUUCUAAACUGUGGAAAAAUAUUAUAAUAUAAGAAAUGCUCUUGAAUAGGAAGGUGAAACUAGUGAGUGAUUCUGUAUUUACACCACUUUUUAUUAAUGUAUGUUUUGUUGUAAAGUGUGAACCUCCUUCAAUUGUGUCGAUGUGUGUCUUACUGUUCUGUACCGUGCUGCCGUGGUCUGCUCUGCCAAAUCACUCCCUUCGCACUGUAGAAUGAUAACGCAAAUUGGGUGCAAACAAAAUGUGUAAUUUCCUGUAUAUUGCUCUGCGUUGUGUUGUUUUCCCAAUGGCAGAAUAAAGUGUCUCAAAUGACAGAAUGAAUGCACUGUAUUUUCGUCUAGGACAUUAUAAUUGCAUAAAAGACAAAACUAUGGCAAAAGGACAGAACUGUCAGCCAAUGUGAUUGUGUAGAUUCAUGUGAUUUUAAAAAUAUUUUCUUUGUAAUAGAUUACAUCUUUUUCCUUUUUCUUACAACUGUUUUGUUUUUAUGUUAACUUCUCCUCUCUUGAGUAAACAUACUCAAUGAAUAACUACAAGACUGUGGAACUGAAUGGCCUAGUGGUGCUUCUCACUAUCUGCUAAUUAAACGUAUUUAUACUACUGUACUACUAAAUAAAGCUAGACGAUGCUAAGUG